AUGGACGACCCUAACUCAGAGGGGAUCUCCUGCGAGGUAUUAUCCACAGCCCAUGAUCUAUCAGAAGCAGACAUAGGAGAGCGCCCUAUUAUGGUCGAGAUUAUGGAAUUUUGGAAUAUGCAGCUGCAGAUUCCUACAGCCCAAGGUGAUCUUCCAUUUAUCGCCGGCGGAGAAGGACAAAUGGUUCAGAUGACCAUCCACGGCAACGCAUUGAGGUGUUCAGAUGACAACAAAGAAUGGCUACCUGGGGUAUUCCACACCUCUUGUGUGUUGCAGGCAAUCAUGCAGAACCCGCGGAUUGGCGGUGUCUGGAUUAUCCGGUGA